AUGGCUACUACCGGGAGUUCGGAAAAGACUUCUGUACAAGUUGCUAUCCGAAUAAGACCAAUAGUAAAUGAAGCUUCAUCUGUAAAGCAAUCUCGAUUUCAACGCCCUGUAGUUACUACUUCUCAACAAUCUCCAAAUCAGGUGGUGGUGGUACAAGGAGAAAAGAAACAAUCUUUUAAUUUUGAUUACGUUUUUGGUCCCGAAUCUGGUCAGCCUGAAGUCUAUGAAAAAGGCGUCGAGAAAUUAGUCCAUCAGUUUUUAGAGGGUUACAAUGUAACGAUUCUAGCCUAUGGUCAAACUUCAUCUGGUAAAACCCACACAAUGGGCACCGCAAACAAACAUGACAUUCCUUCAGAGUCCAAAGGAAUAAUUCCACGAGCAAUCUCAACUCUAUUUAAGACAAUGAAUUCUUCAACAUUAAAAUCUCGAAAAUUUUCAAUUAAAGUUAGUUUCAUUGAGAUUUAUAAUGAAGAUUUAAUAGAUUUGCUUGCAGACAAUGUUGGUGACAAACCUCAAGUUACCAUAAGAGAAGAUUCAAAAGGAAAUAUAAUUUGGAAUGGAUUACAAGAAAUUAGGGUUAAUGGUGUUGAAGAAGUUAUGAGUCACUUAUCUCGAGGUUCUCAAAAUCGUCAAGUAGGGGCAACAGAUAUGAAUGCUCUAUCUUCGAGAUCCCAUGCAAUAUUUAGUGUCACGAUGACUCAAUAUGCCAACUCUAAUAACCCUCCAAAUUCUCCAGUAUCACCUACCAGUAGACCAUCAACUCCUUCAAAAAUGAGGCCAGGAAGUAGUUUGAGAAUGAGUAGAAGAUUGGAUGAUAGUGAUUGUGUUUCUAUUUCAAGUAAAUUUCAUUUUGUGGAUUUGGCUGGUAGUGAGAGGUUGAAACGAACAUCUGCUAUAGGUGAACGUGCGAAGGAAGGUAUCUCCAUAAAUUCGGGUCUUCUCGCUCUAGGCAACGUAAUUUCUGCUCUUGGUGAUCCUACAAAAGCUAAACACAUAACUCAUAUUCCAUAUCGUGAUUCUAAACUUACUCGUUUACUACAAGACUCUUUAGGUGGUAAUGCAAGAACUUUAAUGAUUGCUUGCGUGUCACCUACUGAAUCAAAUCUUACUGAGUCUUUAAAUACUCUUAAAUAUGCUAAUCGUGCGAGAAAUAUCAAGAAUAGUGCAACUGUUAAUGCUGAAGAAGUUGGCUGGAAUGAUUUAGAUCAUUUACGAGGAUUGGUUUUAAAAUUGCGAAGAGAAAUUAAAUCUCUAAAAACUUCAAGUUUACCCAAUGGUUUAAUCGAAGGAAGUGAAAAUUGUGGUUCUGGAAGGAGUACUCCUACUAUGAUGUCUGGAAGAAAUACUCCUACAAUGAUGUCUGGAAGGAAUACUCCUACAAUGAUGUAUGGAGGACAUGGUGGAGGAUCAAAAAGGUCCUCAACGAGUCUUUCUAUAGUAACAAAUGCUGGUGAAUUUUCAAAAUCACAGAAUGACAAAGAUAUUGAAGUGCUUGAAGAACAAUUAUUAGAAUUACAAAGAUCUUAUUCUGAAUUAUCUCAAAAAUAUGCAAAAACUUCUGCUGAACUUGCCAUUCAUCAAGAAAAUAUGGAUUCUUCGUCUCUACGUAAUUCUUCUGAUGUAGCCUCUCCAACAAAUUCUAAAUUUACUUCCCAAAAUAGUUUAGAGUCCAUAACUGAAGAAGCGGAGGAAGAGCUAAAACUGGCAAACUUUCAAAAAGCUGUAGAACCUGUAAUUGAAGAAUACGAAAAAUCAAUUUCAAAUUUAGAAUCUCAAUUAGCACUUACGAGGGCUGCUCUAAGCCACACUGAAACGGUUAUGCAAGAACAAGAAUCAAAACUUGUGCAUGCAGAACAAAUCAAUGAACAAAAUAUCACUCUUAUUAAUGAAUUGAGAUUAAAAAUUAAUAAUCUAAGCGAACAUGAAAGUACUAACGAACAAUACAUUAGGGAUUUAGAACGUAAAUUGGAAACUUUUGUGUUGGAACAACAAAAAGAUCAAGAGUUGAUUAAUGAAUUAAAAAAUAAGAUUGUACAAUUGAAAAAUAAUUCAGAAAAUAGUGAAGGAUACAUCUGCGAUUUGGAAUCAAGGCUGAAAGGAAGUGAAGAACAAGUUGAAAAAUUCAGUAAAACUAUUGAAAGGCUCGAAAAAAGGUUGGAAGAACGCGAAGCUGCAUACUUGGAAUUAGAAGAGAGGACAAAAUGCACUCUGGAAGAGAACCAAAAAUUGUUGGCCUACGAAAUUCAAGAUAGAGAUCGAAGGAUUAUGAAACUUGAAAAGAAAGCUGAUGACUUGGUACACGAGUUGGAACUAUUAAGAAGGCUUAAGUCUCAUGAAACCGAGUUUCCUGAUUGUGGUCGAUCUGUUUCACCUGCUUCUUUGGAAGAUUAUAUAAAAAAACCAGAACAACUCAUUGUGGCUACAUUAGAAUCAAAAUUACUGAAUUUGCAAGAAGCUCAUUCAAAAACAGUUACAGAAUUUGCAGAAAUUCAAUCAAAAUAUGAAGAAUGUCUGUGUGAAAUUGAUGAACUUCAACAACAAUUAACAGAAGCAAAGCUUUGCCACUCCGACAUUUUUGAUUCUGAUUCAAAAUCUUCUACACCUUCAACACCUUCAUCACCUACGACACCAAGGACACCAAAAUCCCGGUUUCACAAUUUAAAGCGUAUUAAUACGGACCGAAUGUCCUUGCCACCAACUUUGAAAUUAAAUGAACCCAGCAACAAUGAUACUGCACCUCCAAAGCGCAUUACACAACAUCGUAGGACUAAAUCUUUAACUGUAGAGACUAAAGAUAAUGAAAAACGUGAUCAAACCCAUGCUGAAAUAGUACAAAAGUUACAGAAUGAAAUAAAACAGCUUGAAUUACUUCAUCGGGACAAAUCACAAGGAUUAGAUGCUAUUAAACAGGAAUUCGCGAGAUUGGAAUGUACUCAUCGCGAAACUUUGGAAAUAGUUGAAGAAUUAAAUGAAGAGAUCAAGAGGCGUGAUGCAUUAACACAUUCAGAACAGUUAGAGGUUAGGUCUGUUGUUGCUAGCGAAUGUACCGAUUACAGUGCUACGACUAGUGAAUUAGAUGAGCAAGAAAUUAUUCAAAGGUUAAGAGAAGAAGUAGAACAUUUAAAAGAGGAACAAAGAAAAGCUUUGGAAAUUAUUUUACAGCAAGAGAAAGAGAAUCAAGAUAAGGAUCAAGAAGUUUUGAAAAUUGAAGCUAACAUUCAAGUUCUUAAAGAGCAGUUGUCAAAAAAUUCAGUUAAUGAUACACCCACAGAAUCUGUUGAUGAAUUACAAAACGAAGCAAAAGGAGUUCAACGCCAAGAACAAGUUGAUGUAUCAAUUCAUAAUAAUGAUGAAACUUUGAAAAAAGAACAGUCAGAAAAUAUUGAUAACGAAUUGUUGACUUUGCAAUGUCAAGUUAAAGAACUUCAAGCUGAAAUCGAAAUUAAAAGUCAAACCAUUGCCACAUUGUUACUUCGUAAAUUAGAAUUAGAAAAAUCAAUUCAAGAAUUGGAACAAAAACUUGCUAAUGCCCAAAAAGAAUCCGAGAAUGUACAAAAGAUAAAGGAAGAAAUUGAAUUAUUAAAUGCUUUAAAGUCUGACCAAAGUCUAACUAUUAAUCAGUUACAAGCUGAACUUCAGGAAACUACUCAAGCAAAAGAACAUGCUCUCAUAGAAUUGAGUCUUUUAAAAAAAGAUUUUGGCGCACAAAAGGAACUUGUAGUCACACUUGAGGGAGAACUAAAGCAAAUGAGAGAAGAGUUAACAAAAUCUAAGCAAGAUAAUCAAGAAGUUAGCAAGAAAUUUGAGGAUUUAUCUAUAUUACUAAGUGAUACUUUGAGGCAACGUGAUGAAGGAGAAAACAGGAUUCAAGUUUUGGAAAUUCAACUCCAGGAAUCGUCCGCGUCAAACGAAGCUAACGAACAAGAUGUUUCUAUUCUUCGAGAGGAAUUAUUUAAUGCUAAGCAUAAAAUGGGUGCACAGAAUGAACUAUUAGCAGAACUGGGAACUCAACUGAUGGCUGCAGAACAAGAGCGUGACCAAUAUCUUAAACGUGAAAAAGAAUUAAUAAUGGAGCUUGAAGUCAAAGAAGCCGAACAAAAAGUAGCAAUUGCUACGCUUGAAUCAAUGAUCUCUUCAUUGCAAGAAGAACUUGCUGAAAAAAAAAAUUCAUCACAAAUGGAUUUGGAUACAAUUGCUAAACUCAAAGAGAGUCUUGCUACUGUAGAAUUACAGUUAGAUGAAGCAAAAAGACAUGAGGAGAAUCGUUCGAAGGUUGUAAUCGGACUUGAAGUCAAGUUGAAAGAAACCAAUGCUGCUAUACUGGAAAAGGAACAAUUACUUUCCUCUAAAGAUGCUCUUCUCAAAGAAUUAGAGGCUUCAACGGAAAAAGCAAAAAUUCAACUUGAUAAUGCAAGAAUUUCAGAAGCCAUCGAAUGUGAACGUGUCAAUGAGCUUGAGGUUAAACUUUGCAGUAUUCAAACAAAACUUCGUGAAUGUGUAUCAUCUGAACUUGUUAUGGAGCUAGAAGUUAAAGUAGUAAAUCCAGAUGAUGACUUAUUAAACAACCCAGAAUAUGUUGAAUUGAAAGCUUCCUUAGUUAAAAUUAAGGCUGAACUCGAAGAAGCUAAAGCAGCAGCAGCAGAACAAACUAAUCUCAUUCAGACUUUGGAACUUCAAAUUCAAGAAGCUGAAAAACGUCGUGAUGAAGCAAGCUCCAAAGUUAAAGAAGCUGCAGAAGAAAUUAACAAGCUUAAAGAACGAUGUAUAAAUUUACAAGCCGAACUUGACGACGCGUACAAAGAUGCUUUAAUCCAUGAUUUCCAAAAGGUUGAUGUUUCCGUUGUUGAAGAUCUUAAUAAACAAUUGAAAAAGGCACGUAAGGAAUCCAAAACAUAUCAGGAACGUGUUGAUAAAUUAGAAGAGAUGACUCAAAAACUUGAAUCUGAUAAGAAAGAAAAAGAAAAAGAUAAUGAAGAACUUCUAAAACAAGUUGAAAGGCUUCAAAAAGAAUUGGAGUCGUUAGCUGGAGAUUUUGCAGAGUCGGCAGCUAAAUACGAAGAUACCGGUGAAUAUUUAGUAAAGCAAAAAAAACAAAUUGAUGGGUUGGAUAAUUCUCUCAUAGAAAUGAAGAGUAUGAGAGAGAUUUAUUCUUCAACAGGCGAGACCUCACUGAACGAUGCAAUUACAAGUCCUGCACUCGCAAAAUUGUCUUCUACAAAUGAAAUUUUACGACAAACAAAUGAGAAUUUAAAUGUUAAAAUUCUCCAGGCUCAAUCCCGUAUGUCUAUUUUGACACAAAAAAUAAAAUCAUUAGAAAGUGAACUCAAAACACUUCAAUAUGUUAGUAAAGAUGAUGUUUCCGGAAAUUCAAUUUUGAGAUUUAAAGAAAAAAUACAUGAACUUGAAGCUGAAAAAGAAGGAUUAGAACAAGCUAACUUUGCAUUCUGUGAAGAACGAAAAAAACUUGAUCAAAAAAUUGAUACUUUACUACAACAAUUACAUUCAGUAGGUCAAGAUGGAAAUGAAGCAGCUAUACAACUUUCAGAAUUAAAUACAAAGAUUUCUGAAUUAGAAAAUGAAGUUUCUUGUGUAAAACAAAAAUCUGUAGAGGAACAUAAGGAGAUGGAAAAGGAAAUCACAAGAUUGGCUGAAGUUAAUCUAAGGCUUGAAAAAGAAAUGACUCAAGUUGGACUGAAAUCGCUCAAAGGACCUUUAGGAAAUGUUUCACCACAUGCUGGUGCACGUACUCAAAGUUUAGAUAAUUCUAUACAUUCUAAACUCUUGCGACAAGAAAGCACUAUUAUUCAACAAAGUAACUUAAUAAAAGCACUGCAAGAAAAAAUCAUUGAAUUAGAAUCACGUAGUGAUGAAGAGUCAUUGCAUGAAAUGUCACUUGCCAGUGGAAUGUUAGCCACAGAUCUUGAUGCAGUUGGUGGAUUCCGAGUUUCCACCAUGUCAGUAAUGUCAAAUGCAUCAGAUGCAGCUAAGAAAAAACGGCCUGGAGUCGCGGCUAUAGCAAAUCAGCCAAUGACACCACCACCUACACCGCCACCAAGUCAUCCUUUACCGUCAGCACCUCCAACUUCAGGUUCAAGAUCAUCAACUCCUGGAUGUGCAUCACCGACUCCACGAAUUCCUCUUUCGUCGUCGCGACCGAAUUCAAGAAACGGCUUAAAUAUAGAUCUUUCUAAUACACCGGCAGUUGAACUUACAGUGGAGAUACAUAAAUUACAUAGGAAGGUUGCAAAAAUGGAAGGAGAAAGUAUCGAAACUCGACAAGUUGUUGAAACGUUAGAAAAUUCAUUGGCGGAAAGUGAAACAAAUCUUCGCGUUGCAAAACAACAAUUACAAAUACUACAACGUGAAAAAAUGGAUCUAGUGGAUCAAAUUAAACGAUUGAAAUCGCAAUUAGAUGAGACUACAGCACAAUAUGAAAAUGCGAAAUCAUCUGUGCAAGAAGAAAAGAAAGUUAUAGAAACUGUUUUGGAAGAAGAAAGAAAAGCUAAAGAGAGCGCGGAAAAAGCAAGAAGGCAAUUAGAAAAUCGUAUGGAAGAACUUAUGGCAAAGAGAAGCAAGUUCAUGUGUUUCUAA